GAUCGUUCCUUUCUCGUAAGUCCGACAAGUAUCACCAGUGUGUGAAGAAGCGCCUCCUGUUUGACUGCCCUGUGAAAUGCUCUGAUAAAACCAACCUAUCUGAAGAUGCCUGGUUGUUACAAGUGUGGGAAACCCGGUCAUAUAUCGCGGGAUUGCACAGCGUCAGAAAAAUCAUGUUAUCGAUGUGGGACAUAUGGUCACAUCUCCAAAGACUGCCCACUAACUGGUUCAGGAAGCGAUGACUUUCUUUGCUACAAGUGUCAGAAGAGUGGACACAUUGCCAGAAACUGCCCAGAAGAGAAUAAUGAUGAGACAGAAGAUACCCGCUCUUGUUAUCGAUGUGGUUGUGUUGGUCACAUUGCCCGUGAAUGCCCCAAUCCCAGCUCCUCAAGAGACAAUGAUUCUUGGAGUAGGUGCUACAAGUGUGGUGAUUCAGGCCAUCUUGCCAAAGACUGUACUGAUGAAGAGGGAGAGAAGUGCUACCGUUGCAAAGGGACAGGUCAUAUUGCCAAAAACUGUCCCAAUGCUGACAGCACAAAGGAAGAAUGCUACUACUGCUACGAAACUGGUCACUAUGCUAGAAACUGCCCAAAGAAGAACAGUGAGGACAGCAAGUCAUCUGUUCAAUGCUAUCGCUGCCAUAAGUCUGGUCAUUAUGCACGUGACUGCCAGAAUGAUUCACAAGAUAAGUGCUAUCAUUGUGGUGAAAAGGGACAUUUCGCCAAGGAAUGCCCAAGUAAAGACUAGUGAUAUUCUUUGUACAUUCAAAUGAUGAAACUUCCUUCUAAGCUUAUAUUUUCAUACUUGUAAGUAUCAAGGGAAGAUAAAAUUAAAUGGUUUCGCUGCCUAA